AUGUCGACCCUUCAGCUCAACCUCUGGUCCCUCACCCUCAUGCCCGGAGAGCGCGUGCCCAUCUACAUCCGCCGCGACUUCCAGAUCACCAACGCUGCUCUUGGCGAGGAGCUCGCUGACGAGAACGCCCGUACCGUCGUCAAGGUGACGCACUCGCCCAUCCCCAUCAACCAUGACAUGACGGACAGCGACGACGACGAGGACUUUGACGACGACAUGGUCGUUGGCUCUGACGACGAGUCGGACGACGAGAUCCCCGAGGAGGACUCUGAGGAGGGCGACGGUCCCAACGAGAUGGACGAGGACGACUCGGACAUUGACUCUGACGAGGACGACUUUGACCAGCUUGAGGAGACUGUUCUUUGCGCGCUCACUCCCGGCCGUAUCGAGCAGGCGCAGCUCAACCUCACUUUUAUCCAGGGCGAGGUUGUCGUGUUUGAGACGGUUGGGCCUAACGCUGUUCACCUGAUGGGCAACUACAUCUACCAGGGUGGCGAGAGCGACGACGAGGACGACUCUGACAUGUCGGGCGACGAGUUCAGCGACCUCGACUCGGACGACGAGUUUGACGUCGAGGAGUUUGACGAGGAGAUUGAGGUGGCUCCCAAGGGCAAGAUCACCGCUGUCGAGGACGAGAAGCCCAAGCCCAAGACCAAGUCUUUCGCCGCUGUUGUUGCCGACAAGCCCGACACGCCCAAGUCUGCCAAGGCCGACACGCCCAAGUCUGCAAAGGCCGACAAGAAGCGCAAGGCCGAUGAGAUUGAGGCUACGCCCACCAAGGGGGACGACCUCUCCAAGUCGCAGAAGAAGAAGCUUGCCAAGAAGACCAAGCUCGAGGCUGGCGAGACAGAGUCGCCCGCCCCUAAGAAGGAGGCCAAGAAGGAGGCCAAGGUCGAGCCCAAGAAGGACAGCAAGAAGAAGACUCUUCCUUCGGGCCUCGUGAUCGAGGACGUCAAGGUCGGUUCGGGCCCCGUCGCCAAGGCCGGCAAGCGCUUGGGUAUGCGGUACAUUGGCAAGCUCGAGAACGGCAAGCAGUUUGACGCCAACACGAGCGGCAAGCCGUUCUCGUUCGUCCUCGGUCGUGGCGAGGUCAUCUCGGGCUGGGACCAGGGUCUGGCCGGCAUGGCUGUCGGUGGCGAGCGCUGCCUCACCAUCCCCGCCAAGCUCGCGUACGGCACCCAGCGCAUUCCCGGCAUUCCCCCCAACUCGACGCUCAAGUUUGAGGUCAAGCUCGUCUCUAUCAACUAA